AUGCAGAACCAGCAAAUGGCCCAGAUGCAGGCGCAGAUGAAUGCGAAUGGCUCCGUCAACGGCACCCCCGUCAUGGGCAACAUGGCGCAACCCAAACGCAUGGGCAACAACGACCCGGUUGAAAAGCUCAACACGUACAUCUACGACUACUUCCUGCGGAACAGGCACCACGCCCUCGCGCGCGCCAUGCUCGAUGGCGACCUGAAGAUGUCCACCGAGAAGCCGAGCCCCAACAAGUCCAAUGUAGCCAGCGACAUCGACAUGCCCGACGACAUGCCCCUGCCCGCACUGCCUGCAGGCCAGGUCGCCGACAACUCCUUCCUGCUCGACUGGUGGGUCCAGUUCUGGGACAUUUUCGCCGCCGCCAGAGGUCCCAACGGCGGCCCCAAGAAUGCCGUCCAAUAUCUCGGCCACAACCGGAAUCUUGGCCAAAUGCAGAACGAGCAGCGAAACCAGCGCUUGAUGAUGGCCAACAACCCCAUGGCCAACGCGCAGUACAUGAUGGCCCGGAACGGUGGCAUGACCAACGGCAAGCCCACUGAACUCCAGCGGACAGCACACAUGAACAACCGCCCAACCGGCAACCCCAUGGCGGGCAUGCAGUCCAUGAAGAACCCCAACAUGAUUCAGAUGCAACGAGACGGCUCCAACAUGGACAUGAACGGCAACCGCCCCAACUCGCCCGGGUCCAACGAAAAUGCCCCUUCUCCAAACAAGCGCCCCCGCGUCGAAGGUGGUAUGAAUGCUGGUAACAUGCCCAACAACCAGUUCAAUGAAUUCAUGCCGCAAGGCCCAGGUGCGCAGCAGAAGAACAUCGAGGUAUAUGCCCAAAGUCUGGCCCAUCAACACAGAGUGGCAAUGAGUAACACUUCCUCCCCCCAGGGUAUCAACUCUGGCGUCCAAGGCUCUCCAAUGGCCCAGUCCGGCCUCGACGGUCAAGACCUCACCUUCGCUGGCAACGGCCCGCGGCCCGGCAGCAUGCCCACCAAUCCUCCAGGCGCACCCCAGCAGGGCAACCAUGCGCUGCAGGACUACCAGAUGCAACUCAUGUUGCUUGAGCAGCAGAACAAGAAGCGGUUACUCAUGGCUCGGCAAGAGCAAGACAACCAAUCUGGACAUCCUCAGCAAGGCGUCAUUGGCGCUCCAGGCUUUGGCGCUGCCAUGUCGCCGCAAGGUAGCAGAGCUGGUGGCCCAUCGCCUAACCCUGCCGACCAAAUGAAGCGAGGUACACCAAAGCUCGGCCAGCAGAAUUUACCCGGCUCACCUAUGCCAGAGGGAAUUAUGGGUCAGCAACGUGGAUCACCCGCACCCAACAUGAACUUCGACCCCACUCUAGCACCCCCAGGAAUGCCUCCGCAAUUCUACCCCCAGAACAUGGGCCCGGGCCCCAACGGCAACCCCAUGAUGCGGCCUCCAAGCUCACACCCGAAUGGCGGUCCCCAGUUCAACGGACAACCCAUGACGCAGGAGCAAAUGCAAGCCAUGCGCAAUGGCCAGAUGGCCCAGAAUGGUGGUUGGCGUGGCGGGCCCCAACCAGGCAUGAUGGGCCCUGGCGGCCAGCAGAUGGGCGGACCCAUGGGCCAAAACCCUCAGCAGCGGCAACAAAUGCCGCCUCCUCCAGCGCCCACGAACGAACAGCCACGACCCGAACCAUCUCCAUCAGUGUCUAAUCAGGCACCACCGACGCCGAACCAAGGAAACAAGGCCAAUCCCAAGAAGAAGGUAACCAAAGACAAUAAGAAGCCCGCAAAUAAAAAGGGUAACGCAGGUGCUACUCCGGCUACAUCGAACGGCGAAGAACCACCGACACCGACCUCAUCGACUCCCGUCGCGCCCAUCACGCCCGUACACAAGCAAUCCUUCAACCAAGGACAAAACGGCGGGCCCCAGCAACCCGUGCAACCUCAGCCUCCCUCCGACCAACCCAUGGAUAACGGUGGUCCCCCAUUUGGCAACAUUGACGGUGACCCCAACGGUAUCGAUCUCGCCUUUAACUUUGGCGAUGACGCUGGUGCGCUCGAAAACUUUGACUUUGACUCAUUUUUGCAUACGGGAAAUGACAAUGACGCUUUUGGCAAUCUGGUCAGCGACUUUGAUUUCCCGAACGCGGUCGAUGCAUAG